AUGACAUGCAGCAAUAAAAUAGAUUUUACUGCAGAUAAUAGUAUAGCUAAAUUGCUCGAUUUCAAAAAUUCAAUUUAUGACAGCGACAAAGUACACGAGUCGGAGGAAUUAAUGAAUAUUUUAAAAGUAAAUUGUAUAAAAGUAGAUUGUAAACUGAUAACAAGCUCAUUAUAUAACGGGACACCGAGUCAAACAAUUCACGAGUUUUUUCCGUCCAUACCGGCCGGAUAUAAAAUUGUGGAACUACCGAGACAUCUAGUUUUUCAUUCGACUAUUUCCAAAGUACAAAUAUCUUUAAAUGAAAAAGAAGAUAAUUUAAUAAAUGUACGAGAAGAAACAAUCACGGUUCGUUUACUAAUACCAAAUGGCGCUUAA